AUGGCUUCCUCAUAUAGCUCGAGUACUCGAGCAGGUGCAAAGGCUACUAAUAUACCCGAUGUCACCCCCAACUUCGCCGACCCCAACUUUGACCCAGCCGAUUUCCUCAAUGAAUCCCUUUCACCACUGACCGUGGCAUCAUUACAACCCAAUGCCUCUCGAACACCCGGCUCAGUACCUCUGACAGAGCUGUCGGCACAAGUCCAGUCUCUACUUUCCAAGAUCAAUGCUCAAAACAUCCGAUUCUCGAGCACAUUAUCCCAGCUCACCGAUGAGAUCCUCCGAAGCGGCGGACGACUAGCCUACGAAGUCGAGGUACUGCGAGGCGAGACCAUUGGGCUAUCCGAAACCCUAACCGAAGUUCUGCGCGACGACAUCAACAAGUUUGUUCCCGAGCCAGAGCAAGAUGCGCACAAGCCCGAACAAACGGAGGAUGCACCAGCUCAAGACGACGAGGUAGCACCAACAGAAGAAAAGACAUGCGCCCCCGCAGAACCCGAAUACAUCACGAACCUCCGAACUCUCAACCAAGUCCGCUCACGACUAGAAGAUGUCGUGCAAACAUUCGGCGACGCAAUGGAAUGGCCACUCCCCCCAUCAGAGAUAUCCUUCUCUUCCUCCUUUAUCUCCGUCUCCGGACCAGACCUAGACGCCGACGGUCGCGACCGGGAAGAAAAGGGCCAAGAGAUGAUGAAGAAGCUACAAAAACAGGUGACAGAACUACUGGACAGCGAAGGAGGCGGACAGGCUGGGCUAGACGCUGCCAACCGACGCGUCGAAGCGAUUCGAGUGUUGGCGACUGUCUGGAAUGGCUCCGCAGAAGAGAAAGCGCGCAAUCGUUUUGUGGAUAGCCUUGCGAAGAUUGUGGAGGAUCGUCGUCGCUCUCUAGAACAGCAGCAGGCUGCUAGUGAGCAAAGCCAGCGCGCCUCCGCUAGAUCUAGGCCAGAGGCCAGGCGUGAUAGUGACAGUGGUGCGCCGGCUGGUGGCCUAUUUCGCAAUCUGCAACGUCUUCGAGAGGAGAUAUACUUGGAGUGA